AUGAAAAUCUAUCGUUUAUUCCAUAGCUCCAUUCUACUCUUCAUUAUUCUCUUGACCACGUUGGUUGAGAGCGAUCCUUGUCCUAAUCAAUACAGUUUUAAUGAAGAGUUUCAAAAAUGCUACAAACUCCUCAGUAUACCACAAGCUUAUCAAAAAGCGGAUAGUAUGUGCCGUUCUUAUGGAGGAUUUCUCGCUUCGAUACAUUCAACAGCAGAAAACGAAUACGUCAAUAAAUGGUUGCAAAACCAGGGUGGUCACAAUGAGUUCUGGAUAGGGCUGAAUAGCUUCGGAGGAUUUUGGAAUUGGGAUGAUAACAGCCAAGUCAAUUUUACAGCUUGGGGAGCAGGGCAGCCUACUCAAUCAAUGGACAGUUGCGUAGAAUCAUCUAAAAAUAAAUGGUUAUCAGUGAACUGUUUCAAGACAUUACCAUGUGUGUGUUCAACGAAUAUGAUUCCAACGACAGUCGCUCCUACAUCAACACCCAAACCUCUAUGCCCACAUCCAUACACACACUUCGAUCCAUCAACUUCUUAUUGUUAUUACGUGGGAACAUCCACAUCCUUUUGGAGUGCAGAAAAUUUCUGCACGGCAAUUGGUGGGCAUCUGGCUUCUAUUGAGGAUGGGUUCGAAAAUAUGUUCAUUGUUUCGAUAGCAACUACUGGUGCACAAAAUGCAACAGAAUACGAUAUGACUUGGAUAGGAGCGCACUACUCAGAAGAUCGAUGGUUCUGGACUGAUGGAUCCGAAUUUAAAUACACUAAUUGGAUGAUUUCCCGACCAAUACGAUCAGCAAAGUUAUCUUGUGCCACAUUAAUCCAAGAUAAAUACGCAGCAAGUUCUUUUUACAUAGGAUUGUGGGACAACUUGAAGUGCGACGACGUCAUCAGUAAAUUCGUCUGUAAAAAGAAACUACAGUAA